AAAUAAGGAUAUUAAACGUGUUGUACGGGUUUUAUACGUGUUCAGCACGGUAGCCAUCAAAUGAAUGAGAAAACAAAUGAAACGACUUGACAAUAAUACAGAUACAAAAGUUUUAAACAGAUAAAAUAUGUACAGGUACAUAUACGUAUAUUAAACGGAGUAUUUACAAAAUAAGUUGAAGAGUCAUCACAAUAAAUAAAUAAAUAAUUGUAGCUGGCUUCAAAUGUAUAGAGGGUGGUUUCUUAUGUUCCUAUAAUCCUGUCCCACCAAGAGGCAACAACAACAGAAUAUGUGAAGAUGCAUUUACCACGAAGAUUUGGUUGAACCAAUUUUUUAUAGAGGAUCUCAUUUUGCACUCAUCCAACAUCCCACUAAUUUUCAAUAGGUAUAAGGAACAUGAACUACUUAUUUCAUUAUGCCAAAAAAAAAUGCAAGAGACAAAUGAAAAAUGUGUCUUCAUCGCCGGCGUUUAAACGCCAGGUGGUGUUUUGCCGGCCGCGCCCUUCACAGAAGAAACGUGAUCCGGCAAAUGAUCGUAGCGAUGUUACUGAUCUCUGUGAUUCACGCAACAACUUCGGGAUUAUUCCAUACCAUCGUAUCAAUAAUCGUUGGGGAAUAUCCAAUAAAUUAUCUGUUUUGAACUUAUCUUCUAGUCUCCCACCCCCAGACGACCUACCCGCUCUGCUGGCUACGUCGAACUCUUGUGCUUAUUUAACGGGUUGCUAUCUGGGAGAUACCUCAUUGCUUAUCUCGCAAAUGGUAGGGCUGCCGGUUCAACGUUGUGAAGCACCUCAGUGGCCGAUACUCGAGUCUGGUAGGUGGGAGAUCCUCCUUGAUGAUACACCUCACUGUUUAUGGUUUAAUGAGCAACUAACAUUAAACAUCAACUCUUUUGUUGCCCCUAUCCCAAGGCCGAUUUUGCAUCUGUCUCCUUGCCUGCAGUUUGGUUGUGACUCUGUUGCUCUGACCCUUUUGCAGCUCACCAAUAUGUCGCAUGUAACUAACGACCAGGUCGUUCAAUUCUCUUUGGAGGAAAUCCGUUCAGCAUGGAUCUGCAAAUCAAGAAUUCUUCUCGACCGGAUAUUCUCGGACAACAUGUUAUCCCUCAAUGAACUGCGGGACGCUGUCAAUCAACCAUGGCAGGGACAUGGGAAAAUCUCAGUAAGGCAGGCAGCCCAUGGUCUGUUCGAAUUCAUUCUCCCGUCUGAAGCAUCCAAGACUUGGGUUCUCCAACGAACUCCUUGGGUCAUUAAUGAUAGGAUCCUUCAUCUUCAGACCUGGAUCCCGAAUGUCACGCAUCACACUUAUGUGGUGCUUGCGGUGGCCCCCUUCCGUGUCCAAAUGUGGGAUGUGUCGGAUGACUUUUGCACUCACCAAUUUGGUAGAAAAAUAGCGGCUUCCACCCUUGGGAAAGUCUUGGAGAUUGGCAUUUUCUCUUGCUCCGACACUGAUCGUCAUUUUGUGAAGGUUAAAGUCAUGAUUGAUUUCUCCAAGCCAUUAAGAUCCCAAAUCAUGGCUACUAAUGAUGAAACGGGCUGCUUCUAGAUUCGUUUCAAAUACGAAAACCUCCCAACCUUCUGCUACAAUUGUGGCCGCGUUGGACAUUCUCGCCAGGCCUGUCUUUUUGACCCUCCGGCAAGAAAAGAACGGUUUGGUCCCCACAUGGCGACCAAGAAGAUGGGACAGAAAAUAUUUGAUGAUGAGGGUGAUCACCAGCAAUUCCGCCGACCUACGGGUUUGAUGUGGAUUAAUAACAAUGUCCGGGGUGC